CCUUCGUAGCUCUUAAUUAACUUCCACCAUCAAGCCAUCAUCAUCAUCAUUCUUUUUUUUUUUUUCAUGUUUUGCAAAUUUGUCUUAGGGUUCUCUAUGGGUGAAGUCAAAACCCAGAAAUUCAAAGUUGGCAGGGUGCACGAAGAGAAUUACGGAGAGAUGGUAAAGAAGCCACAAAGGAUCAACAUGCUAAUAAGGAAAUGGGUUUUGGAAGGAGAGAUGGCAAAGAAGCCACGAAGGGUCAACGUUGUAAUAACGAAAUGGGUUUCGGAUCUUGAUUGGCGUAUUCUCUUUUUAGUAAUCUUCCCUAUUUCGUUCAUUUUUUUUAUUUUCUCGCUCCGGUCUUUCAUCUUCAACAGAACCAACUUCUCCGAUUUUAUCAUUUCAUACUCCGUUGGGCCCCCCAAUCGAACCCACUUGGCCAAGGCUGAUCAGUUGCAUCAGUCGAGGGGGGCGUUGUGCUUGGUUGGCGGAGCAAGGAGGUUCGAGCUUACAGGACCUUCGAUCGUGGAGAAGGUUCUUAAAGAAUAUCCUAAUGCAGACCUUUUUUUGCACAGUCCCAUGGACAAGAAUGCCUUCAAGUUAUCACUUCUAAGAACCGCGCCAAGACUCGCCUCGGUUCGAAUAUUUGAUCGGAAAUUAGUGCCGCAGACGAAGGAGCAAGUUCGAGUCCUUACGGCGGUCAACUCCCCUAAAGGCAUCCAGGGCCUUCUACAGUAUUUUUAUUUGGUGGAGGGAUGCCUCACGAUAAUCGAAUCACACCAAAAACAACACAACUUCACCUACGACUGGAUAGUCCGCACAAUAGUAGACGGUUACUGGAAUGCACCGUUACAUCCCCGAAACUUCGUGGCUGGCAAAUACACAGUCCCUUCAGGAUCGGUCUACGGCGGCCUUAAUGACCGUCUCGGCAUCGGCGACUUCUACACUUCCAAAAUUGCACUCUCCCGUCUGUCUCUCAUCCCCAAACUUUACUCGGCAGGGUACAGGCAACUAAACUCAGAAUCAGCGUUCAAAGCCCAACUCACCACCCAAAAGAUAUCCUACGUAGAAAAUCGAUUACCGUUCUGCGUCGUGACGGAUAGGACUUACAAAUUCCCACCUGUCCAUUUGGGAGUGCCAGUGGCAGCAUUGUCGAGUCCUGGUCCACUAAGUGGGGCCAAAUGCAGGCCAUGUAUUCCUGUAUGUAAAAACCGUUGCGUGGGGCAUGUAAUGUCUUCACUUGACAAGAGAUGGAGCUGGACCAACUGGGGUAAAGGGUCUAUUGAACUAUGCAAUGCCCGUGGCGAGAGGAAGAACGGGUGGGAGAAUAUUUUCGAUGGAGUUGCCGGUGAAAAACUCGCUGCGGAGAGGAGACGAGUUCAGGUUUUGAAGUUUGAGGAAUGUGUUAGUGAUUUUGGAGAAAUGAAGAAAAAGGCUGUCAAGUGGGAGGCACCUGCGGCGGAGGAGAUCUGUAGAAUCGGAAUUGGGAUGACACAGAGAUGA